AUGGGCCACCUGUACGGGCGUAUUCAGCCUUCUGCAAAUGCCCGCCUCAUGCAGAUUCAGCCCCCGACCACGCCAGUGCAGGCUCAUCAAAGCCAAAGCCAUGGCCAGCAAGCUCCUUUGCAGGACUGGAGAGGAACCUACCUUUACAACCGUGACAUGAGGGAUCAGGAGUCAGGAGAGAUGGGCUCCAUCGUGCAAAGAGGCAGGGUCAUUAAAGUGCCAGCCAACACCCAGAGUGAAAUGGUUCUUGUCUUGAAAGCCAUCCAGCCAAUGGGCACCCGCCCUUCCUCUUCGGCCAGUUUGUACUAUCCAGUUUCAUCCCAGCCCAAGGAUUCCCAGGCCAUCGAUCCAGGGUUCAAAGGGGCAGAUCCCUUGCCUGGAAUGCUGCAUGAGCCCAGGACCUUCUGCCUACAAUCAGGCUCAGCUCCUCAAGGAGGCGGAGUGAAAACAAUCAGCCCAGAAAUGCUUCCUGAGGCCCUGGAUGGGUCUCAAAUGCCUCAGGGAUCACAAGGGCCACCACUGUUCCCCUUAGAAAUCCCUGAUAUUAACCAACUAAUGGCCUGCAUUGAAUCUGUUCAGGCAACCAACUCCUUGUCACACAGCGACAGGCUCAUUGGUCCCAGGCAGAUGACAGGAGGUGAUUCCCUCCAACAGAUGCCUCUAGGGAAACACAUUUCUCAGGAGAGUGUUGGGGAAAAGAAUAUCAUCAAACCUCCACUCGCCACUGAAUCCCAGGAUGGAGCUUCGUGUCCCGCACCUGGGAAGGGCAAAUCUCCCAGGAAAGCUUCAAAGCAGGUAGAACUUCCUGCCACUGCACCCCCAGUGGGGUCUGACAAGCCUUCUGCUGAGCGUGGACUCAGACUCGCUGAUCCCCAGAAAUUAGGAGCAAAUCGUUCUGAGAUGCCAACAGCUACUGAAUCAGCCCAGCCCUCUGAAGAGGACCAAACAACGGGCACAAAGAGGCUCGGAGAUGAGAAGGAGACAGCGUCAGGGGAUCAUCUCUCUGAAGAUCCGUGGGAAGGGAAUCUGGAGAACCGUCACCCUGCUGAGAACACCAUUGACACCAUAAGUGUAACCGCCUUAGGGGACGGGCGAGAGAGUCCAUGCGCUGACUCAAAACAGAGGACAACUGACCUCAAUAGGCAGCCUCCGAGGAAACCGGUGGACCAGGCAGAUGUUUCUAAGACUGAAGAGCGGCAGCACAAAAGACUAAGCAGCUCAGGGAAUGAUAAGGGGAAAAGUACAAAUCAAGGAAGGGGAAAAUUAAAACCGGAGGAUAAACAACCUGGAAGUCAAGAGGGUGGGAAAAUCUUCCAGCCAGAACGAGAGCCUUUUAAAAUGCUCCGGAGCCACCUGGGGCUACACAUGCUGGAGUCUAUCCAGGUUUUCCACCCGUUGGGAAAGAAACUGAUUCCACUGGGCCCUGCUCGAGGAGCUCCAGCUCUGCAGUCCAACAAGGCUGAAGGAAGCUCUUCCAGUGCCUGGCCAAAGCCACUGCUGGGUCUCAAGAGAGCCCCGGGGCCUCCUGAGGACCCAAAAUCAACCUGUGGUGGUAGGAGGGAUGGACAAUGGGAAGUCACUGGCAAACUCUGUCGUGUCCCAGGAAAUACAAGGCCAAUUGCUUUAGCAUCACCUAGACUUGUCACUCUGAAGCAGGGCAGCAGCCGAGCCCCUCCCACCAAGCCCUCCUUUGGGAAGGACCUGCCUCCGCCCCACGAGCGCACUCCGCUUCCUUCUCUCACCUCCACGCCCACUUGGCGUCCUGGAGGGGGAUCCCAGCCCACUCCUGCCACUCUGAAGAGCCGGCCCCUCCAGGAGCUGGAAGUGUCGCUGCCCAUCCCCCCGGAGCAGAGAGGAGAGCGGGAUGCGAUGAAGAGGAGAGCACAGAAGGAGAGGGAGCUCGCUGCCCAGUACACGGCCCUGGGGAAGAGACAAUUUUUUGUGGAAAGAGAGAGAGACCUGACAAUAGCAGAGGAAUUUGGCUACAUUUGA